AUGUGUCGGCAUAUAAAACUAGUCGUGGAGAGCAGUCAGUUUCACCAUCAAAGUUCUUUGGAUAAUUUGGCUUUUAUACAGGAGGAUCACAUUUUCUUUGGUUGUCGCUUCUUUGUCAUUUUGGAGGAUGUCUAAAGUUUGGGACCCAUUUAACACGUGAGGACGGUGCAUGUUGUCAAUUCUACAAGGGAAACAAAUUGGUCAUUUUCAAAUUAACCUACACCAAUCCCUUCUCCACCAACUAUGAUCUAUCGCUCGAGGAAAAAAAAAAAAAAAACUUACUAUGAUCUAUCUCUCUUAGUUGGGACUCCUGGCCACAACCCUUUGCCUUUCACACUUCCUAGGUCAUUCAUUGUCCAUUAUCGUACUCACAAACUCACUCUCAUGUGUUAUUUAUACGUUCUCUUCCUUUUGAAGUGUAGUGUGUUUGUGACAAUCAGAGAUAUAGUAUCAUGGGAGACUCCUCUGCUUCAUACAUACACAUGUUGCAGCACCUGAUAGAGAAGUGUCUGACCUUCGGCAUGACAAAAGAAGAGUGCAUGGAAGCCCUUCUUAAACAUGCGGACAUCAAACCAGUCAUCACUUCCACUGUGUGGAACGAGCUAGAGAAAGAAAACAAGGAAUUCUUUGAGGCAUACAAUCAAUCCCGGAGCAAAGAUGAUCGAAUGUCCGAGGAGGAGAUGACCCAAAUGAUCAAGAUGAUGAUAUCAGAAUCCAAGUCCGAUGACUGAGAAGCUAUAUGUAUAUGAGGUCUGGAUUGUGGGUGGCAAACAUGGUAUUGCUGUUGGUUAGUACCAUAUCCAGCCGGCAAACUCAACUCAGUAGUACUUUGAUAAGUAUGUGGUCCUCACUCAACUUGAAUCGAUCUAUGUGGUCCAUGUAUAUUAAAUACUGUAUAUGGAGUAAUAAGGAAGAGGAAGGAGAAGGUUGGGCCUUCGUUUAACCAGGUGGUGAUUGGAGAGUUUCCAUAACCGUUUCUUGGUCCGGUACCGCAUGUAAGUACCGCCUAGUUAUUAUAUACUUUCUACUGAUUAUUUGGAGUACUCUUUAUAGUGUCGUGUGUUUUAUUGGAUUGGAUUGUACAAUGUCGACAAUAACUAUGUUUGAAUCGAAUAAAAGUGGGGAGGCCUUUGUCUAAGCAGGUGGUUGUUGGAGAGUUUUUAUGACUGUCUAUUAACCGGGAUACCACAUAUAAUUACUGCUGAGUUAUUAUGUAUUUUCUCGUAAUUAUCUGGAGUACUCUUGUGUUUUAUUGGACUGGACUAUGUUU